AUGCUGAUCCGGCAAAUUCAGAAUCCGUAACAGAAAUAAAUAAUGUCGAAACUAGAACAAUGACUAACUAAGUUAUCAUACGAGUCUUCAUUACAAGUCAUUAGUCGCACUAUUCCGGUCGUAGUAAUUUUAAUGUUAACAAGAAGUCAGUACGUGCUUUACAUUUCACCAGACCGUUUCAAGGGAGUCGGACAGUUCUUAAAAUGUUCGAACGUGCCGGCCGCGAGUAGUGCAGAAAUAUGGACAUUAUUUCCUGCGACGAAUCUCCCAAUUUAAAUCAUGGGGGCCAUCAAGGAGCAACUAGAAAACAACGAAAAAACCCUAUUACCACAAGAAAUCGGCACCGAUUACACUUUUAAGCGAAAAAUCGUCUGGCCCAAUGCCAUCGGAUUCCUCGUGCUGCAUUUCCUGGCAUUCUACGGGGUGUACCGGGUGGGAAAAGCGCACUGGUGGACCGCCUUGUGGGCUCUCACCGUAACGGUGGUUUCGGGCGAAGGUGUGACUCUGGGGGCCCACAGGAUGUACUCGCACAAGGCCUUCAAAGGGAGCUGGCUGAUCCGCUUCGUCGUCAUCGUUCUGCACACCAUUGCGGGGCAGAACUGCCUGUACGUAUGGGUCCGGGACCACCGACAGCACCACAGAUACAGCGACACCGACGCCGACCCCCACAACUCCAACAGGGGCUUCUUCUUCUCACAUAUCGGCUGGCUGAUGAGCAAAAAGCAUCCGGCCGUCAUCAGCAAGGGCAAAACCAUCGACCUGAGCGACCUAGAGAACGACUUCCUCGUCAUGUUCCAGAAGGAACACUACAAAUUCUUGUAUAUUAUCUUCGCUAUUGGCAUUCCCAUCGCUGUUCCGAUCUAUGGGUGGAAUGAGACUUUCAUCAACUCGUUGUUCGUCAGCUACUUCGCGAGGUACAUUUUGCAGUUGCAUGCGACGUGGUUAAUCAACAGUGCGGCGCAUCUUUACGGAACGAAACCAUACGACAAGUUCAUGAAUCCCGUGGAGAAUCGUCUUAUUUCGAUGAUAGCUCUAGGGGAGGGAUGGCACAACUACCAUCAUGCUUUUCCGUCAGAUUACCGGGCCGCCGAGUACGGAGUAAGGUAUUCGGUGACGACUUUCGUCAUAGACGUUCUUGCGUUUCUGGGGUUAGUAUACGACUUGAAGGAGGUGAAAGGCGAUGUGGUCAAAACGAGGGUGGUGAAAAAAGGCGACGGAAGUCAUCCGAUGUUUUCGAAUCAAAGUGAGGCCGAAGUGGACCCGGCGGAUCUGCUGAACAGCCCGGAGUUUGACGACAAAACCAAUUUAGAAAUCAGUGCCAGACACGUUACUGCUAGUGGAUGACUAGUUCGAAAGCAAAUUACCAAAUAUUUUUACAAACCGUCAAGACUUUGUGUUAUUUAAUAUUGUAUUAAUGCUAGGAAAAUUGAAUCUCAAAUAAAAUAAUCGGUAGUUAGUGUUAUCAUAAUGGGUUAAGUAUUUUACUUGAGGGGCAAUUUUUGCAAAAAUGUACUUAAUCUGUUUUCACAACAAUAAAAAUGCGUAAAACUUA